ACAGGCAGGCAGAACAUUGGAGCGUGUCACUUUGUGAGCAGUUAUACAUUUACUUACGUUUGCGGACGAGAGGUCCGCCUCAACUUACACACUUAAACGAACAUUCUGCAUUCUUCUUUGUUAGAGGCUCACUGGACCUGAGUAAUGGCGUCAUAUGGAGCCCUGGCAUUCGUCCUGGUGUGUUCCAUGACACCGCUCCCCUUGUGUUGGGGAGGGAAAAUUCUGGUAUAUCCCUUUGAUGGAAGCCACUGGAUCAACAUGAAAAUUCUGGUGGAGGCGCUUCAUUCUCAAGGACAUGAAAUCACGGUGCUGCGUACCUCCACCAGCUGGUACAUCUCUGAGAAGUCGCCUUACUACACCUCCAUCACUGUCAUGAUGGAGCAGUCCCAGAAUAUCGAAAGCCAAAGCUUCAUGACCUCUUUCCUGGAGAGGUCCAUCGAGAUCAGACGACAUCGAGGCUCGCUGUGGGCCUUUGUGGAGUUCUACAGGAACCUUUUCGGUUUCAUUGGUGAGAAUCAGGUGGCUGUGACCAAAUUGGUGGUCAGCAUUUUGGAGAAUAAAACUCUUAUCAAGGAACUAAAGGAGACAGGAUAUGAUGUUUUCCUGACGGACCCGGCCUUUCCAGGCGGGGUGCUCCUGGCUCACUACUUGAAACUCCCCAUGAUCUUCAAUGUACGCUGGCUUUUCAACGGAGAAGCCCACUUUGCCAUUGCUCCAUCUCCUCUGUCUUAUAUCCCGGAGCUCUUUUCCCAUCACUCUGACAAAAUGAACUUGUUUCAAAGAAUGAACAAUAUAAUCUAUCACGGUGUUCUGUUUUACAUGCACCACUAUGUCGCCAAUCCUCCAUACCAGGUUUUGUGCGAUAAGUAUUUCGGCGGCAAUGUCAGCGCCAUGUCUCUUAUACAGGGAGCCGAUCUCUGGCUGAUGAGGAUCGAUUUCACCUUUGAGUUCCCGCGUCCCACCAUGCCCAAUGUGGUCUACAUAGGAGGCUUUCAGGGAAAGCCCUCCAAGCCUCUGCCGGCAGAUUUGGAGGACUUCGUGCAAACAUCCGGUGAACAUGGCGUCAUCAUUAUGACUUUAGGAACGCUGCUCGGCGACCUGGGCCCGGAAAUAUCAGAGAUCAUCGCCUCUGCCUUUGCCAGGCUCCCUCAGAAGGUCGUGUGGAGACAUCUCGGGAGGAAGCCCGCUGCUCUUGGUAACAACACCCUGCUUGUUGAUUGGCUUCCUCAGAACGACUUACUGGGCCACCCUAAGACCAAAGUCUUUGUCACCCAUGGGGGUACUAAUGGCAUAUACGAGGCAAUGUACCACGGUGUGCCAAUUGUGGGCAUUCCUCUCAUCUUUGACCAGGAUGACAACAUGGUGCGGAUGAAGGCAAAGGGAGUGGCUGAGAUCGUUGAAGUGACAAAACUGGAUGUGGAAUCUUUCUUAGGUUCCCUGAGGAAUGUUCUUGAUCCGCAGAAGCCUUACAAACAGAAUAUGAUCAAACUAUCCCAACUGCAUCAUGACAAACCCAUGAAGCCCAUCGACACUGCCACCUUCUGGAUAGAGUACGUCAUGAGGCAUAGGGGAGCUCCACAUCUGCGCACAGAGUCGUACAAGUUGCCGUGGUACGCCUACCACUGUCUGGAUGUCAUUGGUGUCUUGGGAGUCUUCUGUCUUCUUCUUGUAGCAUCUAUUUGGAUUUCUUGCAGAUGUUUCUGUAGGUACCUAACCAGAUCUAAGACAUCCAAAAUUAAAUUCAAGAGACAAUAGAAAACCAGAUGAUAAAUUAGGCAUGAGCACACGCGCAGCAUGACACUUAGUGAGUCAUCUUCAAAACAGGAAUUUGUGGCUGUGGCUCUUUGUUUUUUCCCCCUACAUUUAAAACACUUCCUUGUGGUCUAGAGAACAUGUAAUGGUGGUUCUUUGGUCAAAAUGUUGCUCAGAUUAUGGUUUACGGACCGCAUUCAAGUUUCUUUCUGACCGUCUCUUCAGGAUGCGUCGUUUUGUGGGCAGUCUAACUCACGCGCCAACCACUGCAUCCAUGUUGUGGUUUUUCGCGCUUCCAUAUUUAGUCUACUGACAGAUAUAAGUUAGAAGUAUAUGCUACUUUUUUUAUUGGAGAUGAAAUGGAGGAUGCAUGAGCAUUUACUCGACGCUCUGACAUGCACAAGGAUCCCCUGCUGACCUCUGAUGGACUGGACUCUUACAUUAUUAACCGUAUCCACUCGGCAUCCUCAAUGCGCUCAAACCUCUACUUUAUUUGGAGAUAUCUGCAGACGUAACGUAUGGCAAAAUCUGUCUCUAAAGUCUCAAAUUCCAAACAGCUCGUUUGAAGCAAUUUUUGAAGAAGGCAAGUUUGUUUCAUAAAUAUUUUGGCCAUGCUUCUAGGGUUGGAUAUCAGAUUUUUGGGACUUAAUCUGAGCUCAAAUACACAAUAACAGGUACCAACAGGUGAGAACAGUUUGCAUAAUAGCACUCCUUCAAAUUGUUUCCCGUAAGUCUAUUAUUACCUUCAGUAAAAUGUACAAGGCCUCUAAGGUAUUGCAGGUGACAAUUGUGACACAGGCGCAUAUAUAUAUAUAUAUAUUUUAUGUAUAUAUAUAUAUAUAUAAAUAUCUAUAAUGUUAUGUAUACAUACAUGUAUGUAUGGCUGUAUGUAUGUAUGUAUAUAUGUAUGUAUGUGUGUAUAUAUAUGUAUUUAACAUACAUAUAUGUGUAUGUAUGUAUGUAUGUAUGUAUGUAUGUAUGUACAAACCCUGUUUCCAUAUGAGUUGGGAAAUUGUGUUGGAUGUAAAUAUAAACGGAAUACAAUGAUUUGCAAAUCAUUUUCAACCCAUAUUCAAUUGAAUAUGCUACAAAGACAACAUAUUUGAUGUUCAAACUGAUAAACAUUUUUUUUUGCAAAUAAUCAUUUACUUGACAAUUUGAUGCCAGAAACACGAGACAAAGAAGCUGGGAAAGAUGACAAUAAAUACUGAUAAAGUUGAGGAAUACUCUUCAAACUUAUUUGGAACAUCCCACAGGUGUGCAGGCUAAUUGGGAACAUGUAGGUGCCAUGAUAGGGUAUAAAAACAGCUUCCCAAAAAAUGCCCAGUCUUUCACAAGAAAGGAUGGGGCAUGGUACACCUCUUUGUCCCUAACUGAACAAGAACAACGUUUCUCAAAGUGCAAUUUCAAGAAAUUUAGGGAUUUCAACAUCUACGGUCCAUAAUCUCAGCAAAAGGUUCACAGAAUCUGGAGAAAUAACUCCACGUAAGUGGCAUGGCCGGAUACCAACAUUGAAUGACCAUGACCUUCGCUCCCUCAGACGGCACUGUAUCAAAAACCAACAUCAAUCUCUAAAGGAUAUCACCACAUGGGCUCAGGAACACUUUAGAAAACCACUAAAUACAGUUUGUUGCUACAUCUGUAAGUGCAAGUUAAAGCUCUACUAUGCAAAGCGAAAGCCAUUUAUCUACAACAUUCAGAAACGCUGCCGGCUUCUCUGGGCCCGAGAUCAUCUAAGAUGGACUGAUAGAAGUGGAAAAGUGUUCUGUGGUCUGACGAGUCCACAUUUCAAUUUGUUUUUGGAAAUAUUCGACAUCGUGUCAUCCAGACCAAAGGGGAAGCGAAUCAUCCAGACUGUUAUCGACGCAAAGUUCAAAAGCCAGCAUCUGUGAUUGUAUGGAGGUGCAUUAUUGCCCAAGGCAUGGGUAACUUACACAUCUGUGAAGGCACCAUUAAAGCUGAAAGGUACAUACAGGUUUUGGAACAACAUAUGCUGCCAUCUAAGCGCCGUCUUUUUCAUGGACGCCCCUGCUUAUUUCAGCAAGACAAUGCCAAGCCACAUUCAGCAUGCGUUACACCAGCGUGGCUUCGUAAAAAAAAAAAAAAGAGUCCUUUCCUGGCCCGCC